GGUAGCCUGUGAACUCAGCUGCCUCGUGGCGCAAGGAAAUGGAAUUUAUGUUGGGCCCGUCGGAGCAGUCGUCGUACUGCCACGUAGAGCGUCGCCUAAGCCGCAGUAGUUUAUCCUCUCCGGCGGAGGCUUUCCCUGCGUGCGAUCAGAGUGGGAACACGCUAGCUAUACAAGGGGGCGCGCCAACGAACCGACGCAGCAGCCACGAGCGCGCUCGGAGCUCGGAACAAGUGCGCGGGAGGCAGCAGAGCAGAGCACUCGCCGCUGUGUACUUCAAGAAAACACAAUCCCGCUGGGCGCUGGCGCCCGCGAAGUCUGGGCCGGCGGAUCUUGGCGGCAUCGAUCGGUGAGCCGAUCCCGCUGUCCCGGCGGCGGUCAGGAGCCAUACGCGCGGGAGCGCCCACCGGUACCGCGAUCCCUUUCGAGGGCCGGGCCGCCGGGGCAUGUGCCUUAGCAGGAGGGAGUAGCAAGCAACAGUGCGGGCGAGCCGCCCCUGCGCGGCCGUCUGAGCUGGUCGUUUGGAUUGCGCUUUUGUUGGCUUGCGCUCGGAACCUGGGCGGGGAGCAAGCGGGGGGAAUCUCUCGUGAGCUGGGUGUGCGGUGCCGAGUUGCGGCAGUUCCGGCGCUCGGCUCCUACGAAUCCGAUCGCCGCUGUUGCCUUCGCCGGGUUCGCUGCUUGUUUUCCGGCUCGAGGUUAAUCCGCGCGAAGUUUUCAGCGAAAGCUUAGCCCCUGUCCUCUUCGGGUCUGCACGUAAACCUCGCCCGUUUCCUCGAUCGGACACCGCAAUUUCCUGCUCUUUUGCCGCUAUAUGUCCUGCAAAGUUCCUUCCUUCAAUCUCGUUCGCUUUUGCCUCUUGGAGUCCAAUCGCCCCCUUGGGAUUCCACGUACAACUCGCCAUUCUUUUCUUCUUUGCCUACGGAACGAAAAGGUUGUAUGCGGUGUUUCCUUACUCCAGGCUUCUCGUUUGUUUGUUUCAAAAGCUCUUUUUUCUCGAGCUGGAAGCACACUUCGUUGUCUCAUCACUUAUCCAAAGUUGUCCUCUUCCUUCGCGUUCUGCGAUUUCUCAUCUGACUACAGUUUUGUUUCUCAUGCAACGUUUGGUUCAUUGUUUCUCUGUUUCAUGAACUCGCAUGUUGGUCUCCACUUGCUGUAACGCAUGCAGUCCUUUCGUUGACGCAUUUCUUCCUUGUUUCCAUUCUUGUGCGCAGAGAGUACUAACGGCAGCAUGAGGCGUAUCAUGAGAUGGUUCAAGCAGCUAUUCACGGGCAGAAAGGAAGCGCACAAAGGUCUCGAGGAGAACCAUGUCUCCAGAGAGUGGAGCGACGGGGCAGAGAAGGAGAAGAGGUGGAGCUUCGUGAGACAGAGGAAGAGCGGGGUUGACGGCGGCGGGCGGCCUUCUGGUCAGGCCGCCGUCGCUGCCGCGUCAGAGUCGCCGCAGGUGAAGUCAUGUCAUUCCUAUGAGGAGGAAGAUGUCAAAGUUCGAGAGGAGAAGGCGGCCAUCCUGAUCCAGAAAGCCUUCAGAGGCUACCUGGCUCGGAAAGCGCUUCGCGCUCUCAGGUCGCUCGUCAAGCUGCAGGCUCUGGUCCGAGGCUACCUGGUGAGGAAGCAGGCAGCCAUGACGUUGCACAGAUUGCAGACGCUCAUGCGGCUGCAAGCCGACUCCAUCGCCGUCAAGGCUUCCUACCGGAAGUCCAUGGAACAAGAAGAGAGGAUCUUUGCGCAGGAAGCCAGGGUGAGAACACCAACAACGCCGGUGCACCACCGGAGGCUGUCCGACAGCACGGACUCUAACUACGAGUGCAGCCCGCGGAUCGUGGAGAUGGACACGUGCCACCUCCGCUACCGGUCGUCCCGGAUGACCAGCCGGUACACCCCAGAUCACUCAUCGGAGUACCGCCUCCCGGCCCCGACACCGUCGUGCUCGCCGCUGCCCGGCAAGCAGCAUCCCGCGCGGCUCUCGUUCCGGCGGUCCAGCCACGAGCGCGACCCCCGGGGCUCCAAGACGGCGCAUAACACGCCCCGCUUCGCGUCCCACGACUCCUCGCCCGCCAAGAGCGUCGAGUACGGCCUAGUCACGCCGCGGCGCCCCGCGCAACGGGACGCGCUCGACAGCCCGCGGUACAUGGCGGGCACCGCGUCCUCCGCGGCGCGGACGCGGUGCCACAGCGCGCCCAGACAGCGGCAGACGGCAGUGUCGGCCGAGGCGCCGAGGACGAGCCUGACGCGUCCCGGGUCGAGGAGGUCGUGCUCGCAGGCGCACGGCGGCUUCUGCUUCCAGUGCUCGGACGCCGCACGGACAGGCUACUCCGAGCUCAGUGUCAGCGACGAGGCGGCCAGGGACUACUACCUGGAUAGCAUGUGGUGAUCACAUGACGUGAUGCAAAACUGGUGGCUUUGUUACAGCGUUUGUGUUUAGACCGUAGACAAAUAUCCGGAUGUGUACAUACUUUAGAUGCUAAAACAUCUAGCAGGUCAUGGCAUGAGUAAAAGAAUGACAAUUUUCUCAA